AUGACCACUUGGUUCCAUGCUAACGGCCGCCCGCAGUCGAUGGUUCAGACCAUUGUCCAAGGGAUCGCCAUCUUUGCAGCUACACAGUUCGUGGUCAACCAGUUCUUCGGGUCCAAGACUGGACAAAGCACCGGUGCUACUCCCCAAGCUGGAAGUGGCAAUUUCAACGAGAGACCAGAUGCCGCUGCUGUUGCUAACUACUCCACCAUCCCACUGAACGUCGUACCUAUCUGGCCUGAGGAUAGCUCGCUCGAUGUGCAGAUCUAUGUGACCUCGCGGAACCCUCUUCCUGCCCUGAGUACCCUCCCUAAAGAGCUGCUCGUUCUUGACGAGAAGAAUUUCCAGCAAGGAGAUUACAAGGACACCCGGGAAAUUGACACUACAAUUGUUGUUCCGAAAGAAGUGCAGCACAAUGCCACUCUAUGGGCGCACUUCUUUGUUGGAUUGACGGGGAGUGAGAUAGACCCAACGUCGAAAGGCUACGAUCCGGCCAAAGCAUAUCACUUCCAGAGACCACUGAACCACUAUCAUGCUAAGAAGAAAGUGCGCAAACUCAAGAAUUUGCUUGAAAAGAGCGAGGACUCUGGGGAAGAGCCAGAGGAACCCCAGGGCGUUCAAAUUGCGUCCUAUUACCACCCAAAUUUCACGCUCGCGCUCAUCCCGAACACUGGCACGCAAAGCUGGCGGCAGAUGCAUCCUGCAAUCCGCAAGAACAUUGUACUGGAGGGAACCGGUGCACGAGAUUUGUCGGGUCAGAACGGAUGGUAUUACCCAGUCUUCUAUCUGAACACAUUCUGGCAACUGCGAUCACACAUGACAGAGCUCAACGACACGGUGACGGAGCUGCCUCUCAAAAUCCAGCUGUAUAAUCUUGUCAAUUGGAAAUACUCGAUCUUGUCGAGCAUUGACGAUAGCAUCAAGCAGCAGCAGCAGCAGGCCGCUUUUGGAGCGCCAUCACCGACUGGGGGUGACGGGAGCGAGAUGGAGAAGUUCAAGGAGAUUCUGCUCGACACCAAUUCGUACCUGCUAGGGACGACGUUUGUUGUCAGUAUCUUCCACAUGGUAUUCGAAAUGCUGGCGUUCAAGAGCGAUAUUGCGCACUGGCGAAAGAAGAAGGAUGUUGUUGGGACAUCAGUGCGCACGAUUCUUGCCAAUGUGUUCAUGCAGGCAGUCAUUUUCCUGUAUCUGGUGGAUAAUGCCGAUGGGACCAGCUGGAUGAUUCUAGCAGGUCAAGGGUUUGGAAUUCUUCUGGAAGCCUGGAAAAUCACCAAGACGGUCGAUGUGCGCCUUCGCGAGCCCGGGCCGGAUUCGGCGUUCAAAUUCCUGCCUUAUGUCGUCACGUUUGAGGACAAACACAAAUUGACGGAGAAGGAGAAACAGACUCAAGAGUACGACCAGAUUGCGUUCCGCUAUCUCUACAUCGUGGCAGUGCCGCUUCUGCUGGCGUAUGCGGUCUACUCAUUGGUCUACGAAACGCACAAGUCGUGGUACAGUUUCGUGAUUGAAACGCUGGUGGGCAGUGUCUAUGCAUAUGGGUUCUUGAUGAUGGUGCCCAGCCUCUACAUCAACUACCGUCUGAAGUCUGUGGCGCAUAUGCCGUCCAAGGCCAUGACGUACAAGUUCUUGAACACGUUUAUUGACGACCUGUUUGCCUUCACGAUCCGAAUGCCGACAUUACAUCGACUGGCCACGCUCCGGGACGAUGUGAUUUUCUUCAUUUGGCUGUAUCAAAAGUACAAGUACCGAGUUGAUUACUCGAGAGUCAAUGAAUUCGGGCAGGGCGGGGAUAGCGACGACGAGGAUGCAGCUGUGGGCGAGAAGAAGGAGGAGAAACUUUUGGCAGACCAGGACACGAAACAGUUGAAGCCCACUGCACCGAUGGCCAGUGUGAGCGGCGCGGAGAAGAAGGGUGGCGCGAAGAAGAGGAAGUCGUGA